AUGACUACAAGGACCAAUGCUUUAACACACGUCUUGUUCAAAAAUACUAUUAAUAGUGAAUUGAUGAUUGCACCACUUGAUAAAUGCAAUAUUCGCGAUGAUAAAGUUGCUUAUGUAUAUGGUGGAAAACAUUUUAAUGGAGAAUUAGUUACUGUUGGGUCUAAAAGUUUAUGUGAUAAAGUAAUGAAACAAAUGAAUGGUUAUUCAACAGAUUAUUGGUAUUCAUCAUUACCUGAAGAAGAAGAAGACGACGACGAUGACGACGACAAUGAUGAUAACAAUGGCAACAUUCACGAUACUUUAUUAACAAAUGAACAUGCUGUUCACCGUACAUUGUUUUCAUUUGUAUUAUCCUUAUGCGAACAUGUACAAUUUCUAUUUUCAUUUCAGCGAAAAACCGAAAAAAAAAGAAUCACAAAUCAAAUUCAAAUAACAAAUCCCGUUUCAACACAAGCAACAAUAUCCAAUGUUACACGUACAUAUCAUGAACCGCCUAGAAAUAAUGAACGUACAUCAACAAUUGAAGUAAUUCAAUAUCCCGAAUCAGUGUCUUCACGUUAUGAUCCAAUAGAAGUUGUCAUACCACGGGAAAUGGAUCAUUUUACUAGUUCGAGUUUGUUGAAUGAAGCUUCCUUUGAUUUACCACCAGCUUCAACGAUGCUACAUGAAUCAGGGCUUCCUAAAGCUACACAAAACACCACACCAAAUACAAAAUCUAAAAAUAAACACAAUCAUGGAAAAAAAGUCACACUACCAUUGUUAUCAACAUUGUCAUCUGAUACAACGUCUCCAGCUGACCGUUUAACAAACAUUGAAAAAACUUUAAAUAGUUUAAUAGUUUACGUGAAUACUUUUGGUGAAGAUAUAAGAUCGAUCAUGAUGCAAUUGAAAUCAUCAUCGAAAAUAAUAAAAAAUAUUCGAAAUGUAGGUGUUAUAACUCAAGUUUUUUAUUUUUAUUUCUUGCUUUUCUUUGAAAAUCGCAUGCUUUUCAAGCAUGUUGUACCUAAAGCUGCAACAAGUAGUACAAUCGUCUCCCCGUCAUUACGAAAUUCGCUUAUUCAUUCAUCUUGUACCAGUGAUGCAGCACCAACAAAACAAACUGUAGUACGUCAUACAUGGCAUACCUUGAUAAAAUUUGUCACUUGUAUUUAUUGUUUUUUAUUAGAUGUUUCAAAAUACUAA